GGACGGGAACCCUCUUGGCCCUCGCGCCUGCGCAGUGGCCCCGGACGCAGCUCUGUGUGUUUGUUGUCACAAUGGCGCUGAGCAAGACGUUCGGACAGAAGCCGGUGAAGUUCCAGCUGGAGGAGGACGGAGACUUCUACAUGAUCGGGUCGGAGGUGGGAAACUACCUGCGUAUGUUCAGAGGCUCCUUGUACAAACGAUACCCGUCGCUAUGGAGGAAACUAGCAUCAGUGGAGGAGCGGAAGAAAAUAGUGGAGUCGUCGCACGACCACGGCUACACGCAGCUCGCCACCAGCGUGACGCUGCUGAAGGCGUCCGAGGUCGAUGAGAUCCUGGAGGGGAACGAUGAAAAGUACAAGGCGGUGUCCAUCAGCACCGAGCCCCCCGCCUACCUCAGGGAGCAGAAGGCGAAGAGGAACAGUCAGUGGGUUCCCACGCUGCCCAACAGCUCCCACCACCUGGACGCGGUGCCGUGCUCCACCACCAUCAACCGCAGCCGACUGGGCCGCGACAAGAAGAGGACGUUCCCCCUGUGCUUCGACGACCACGAUCCGGCUGUGAUCCACGAGAACGCCACCCAGUCCGAGGUGCUGGUUCCGAUCCGCCUGGACAUGGAGAUCGAGGGACAGAAGCUCCGAGAUGCUUUCACCUGGAACAUGAACGAGAAGCUCAUGACGCCCGAGAUGUUCGCCGAGAUCCUGUGCGACGACCUGGACCUCAACCCGCUGGCCUUCGUGCCGGCCAUCGCCUCCGCCAUCCGACAGCAGAUCGAGUCGUAUCCGACCGACAGCAUCCUGGAGGAGCAGACGGACCAGAGGGUCAUCAUCAAGUUGAACAUCCAUGUGGGGAACAUCUCCCUGGUGGACCAGUUCGAAUGGGACAUGUCGGAGAGGGAGAACUCUCCGGAGAAGUUUGCCCUGAAGCUCUGCUCCGAGCUCGGCCUGGGCGGCGAGUUCGUCACCACCAUCGCCUACAGCAUCCGCGGUCAGCUGAGCUGGCACCAGAGGACGUACGCCUUCAGUGAGAAUCCUCUUCCCACUGUGGAGAUCGCCAUCAGGAACACGGGCGACGCCGACCAGUGGUGCCCCCUGCUGGAGACGCUGACGGACGCAGAGAUGGAGAAGAAGAUCAGAGACCAGGACAGAAACACGAGGCGAAUGAGGCGACUGGCGAACACGGCGCCCGCCUGGUAGACGAGACGCCGACGCCGCCGACCCCAUGACCUCCUCCCACCAGAGCGGUAUGACUCACGGUGACAUCAUCAGCCACAACGAAGCUCCGCCUCCUCCGAGCGCCGGACGUCUUCCCUGCUCGACCUCAGUCCACCGCUCACCACAGUUAUUAUUUUUAUUGUUAUUAUGAAUAUUUUGCCCCCGGUAGAAAAACGUCCCUCUGCCUCGUUCGUCCUCCUCCGUGUUGCCAUGAAGACCGUUGGCGUGGAAAUGCCGUUUGACCACUGACUCUUUGAAAACAUCUCACCGCCAGUCUCUCAGAUAAUAUAUUGUUAUGUUGUUAUCUCGUUGUCUUUUUGUACAUUUUAAUAAUUCUUACAAAAUAAAAAAAAAUUAAAAAAAACAGA